AAGAUGCAUCCGAUAUACAGCUCUUUCUCUUCGCAUCUGAGUCGUGCAUCCCCAUUCAGCCCCUCGAUACCGCCGUAAAAUCCCUCUUCCCCGUGGAAACUUCCGGGACGUCCUCACGACCACAAAGCUGGCUCCAUUUUACAGACAAGCCCAAUAACGGCUAUUCGAAACAACAGCAAUUUGAGCCGCUCGUGAAAGCAGGACUUCCGUCUACUUGCAUCUGGAAGGCGGAUCAAUGGGUGGCUUUAACACGACCCCAC